GCAAACCCCAUGCCUCGGAAGCAACUUUUUUCUACUCUACACACCUAUGUUGGCCGCACCAUCACAAUAAUUGUCUAACAAGUAUCCUACGCUACUCACUGCUACGUAUGGUCGCCGGCCCGUACAGAUGACCGCCGGUCUGAUGCGGAGGUUAUUCUCGUCGUCUACUCGCGCGCAGCUUUCUUCGCGACUUGCAUCGAACCACCUUACCGCACCUCGACUGCUAGGAUUGAAGCAAUACCAAAGAACACUCAGUAACAUCCGGCCACGUGAAGCUUCGGUUUCCAAGACAUGGUUCACCAGUACUACCGUAUCACUGUGCUCCUCGAACUCGGAUAUACGGCCACCGGAUGAGCGGACGCUGAAGCUGGGUCGAACAAUUCGUAUGCUUCAUGAGCGCCUUCCCGAAUUAUUAGUGUCGCCUCUGCCACAAGAUAUACUCUCUCCGCACAUCACUCUUCAUCUUUUCCCGUCGACUCAUCCCCACCUACCGACCGUGAGAGGCAAACUUGCAUAUACAGCAGCAUUAUGGACAGCACCUGUGGCUUGGGGUCGAGUCCCUGUGCUAGGGAAUGUGAAGUUGGCAAUACUAUCCGAGCGCAUGGUUAAAAAUGGAGGGUCAUGCUCACCAACGCAUCUCCGGCAUGAAAAAUUGAUUGUUAAAUGGAAGACCUGUGGCAAGUCAGAUACAGCGAACAAGUCGGUCAGUGGAGCAUCAGGAAAGGUUUCCAGCUCGUCGUCAGUAUCUGGCAGCCACGACGAAGAGUUCACUGGCAUCUUUGUAUUCGAGUUCGAUGAAGAAGGACGGAUCAUCAAUCACACCAUCGAACGUGCCGAAGAGAAUGGCAACUGGGACAAAACGGCCAAAGUCAUCAGUGUGACUGAUUGGCUCCUUGGGCGAGCAUGGGGAAAGAGAGGCGAAGAAGCAGUCCCCAGUCUAGCUUUCGUUCGGAGUGACUGUGAUCGGAGGCCAAAUCGCAAUGAUUCCGGCAGAGGAAGGCAUUCAUAGACCGCAAAGGCCAUGUCAAUCAAAGGUUGGGUUCAAUAUCGGACCAAUACCCUUGGCAACCUGGUCAUGCAUAUCACAAUAGCCAUUGUAGCGGCGGUCGACAGUUUUCCACGGCCUCAUUCCCAGUAAGCUAUGUAAGUUCAUGACAGGCGCAAAAUGUAGGGCACAAUGGGUUACGGCUGCUCUUUUUGUAUUGUAUCACUACCACUAACCCCUACACUCUGUAAACAAUAAACAUCUUUUCUCUCAGCUUCUAGCUGAAUGUAAGUCGGCGUCAGGAGUGUCAAUAGCAGAUUCGAAAGAGGCUGGAAGUCAAGGACAACUAUCGACUUGAACUGCACAC